CAGAAAAAGAUCGAAAUCGGAAUCGGGGGACAGAGGAGGAACUUGGGCAGAACGAGAGGGCAUCUGCGCUCGCCAAAGACCGGCGGGAUUUCGUGGGUAGUCUUCCUUGGGGCCCAAUGGUUGUUCCGUGUAAAGGUUUAAGCGAGUAAUUAUUAUUGAUACGGUCAGCUUCUGUCGAUCCCUCCUAGUCCUGGACGAGGAAACUGAAUGGGUCCCCAUCACGGGAGAGAGCCAUCACGGAAGAGAGAGACAGAGACAGACACCGAAAGAGGAGCCGAACCAGUAGCACCCAAUCUUGUCGAAGCCUUCUUACGAUGGUCUGUUCCCUCGAUUGAGCAUCUUUUCUCCUUUUUGGUGGACUGUCUCCCAAGAUUUCCAUAAUCUUUUAGACCCUUAGUGUGUAAUUUUGGCGCUCCUCGAUCCUCCUGUUUCAUGCCCUCUCAAACUCCCGCACCUCCUCUACUGCUUUGUUGUGCAGUGCAAGUCAUGGGGCUUCGUCUUGUCGCUGUUUCUUUUGAGCUAAGCAAAGUUUUGGCACAAGGCACUCUUUAACACGCGGAUAGAAAUCUCCACUGUUGCCGUCUCGUCCCUGGAAAAUUCUGCCUGUCACUUUGUUGCCUACUAGUAUAACAGGCAUAGCUUGCGCUUCCUGUUUCCGUAAUUUGAUAACCAUGUCUCUGAAGAUAGUUCCUUACUGUUCAUUGAUGGUGAUGGGCAACGGAGGGAUGUUUGAGUUUAUUUGUCCUUGGAACAUUUUGGAGGGGUUGCUUCCAGAGCUGAUCUCCAUAUGGGAUGCACAAGGUUCCAGCAUUAGAGCCAACUCCUGCAAAGACAUGCCUGUGCCUUUUAGCAUGUGUAUCCCAAUCAGCCAAAUAAUGUAAAUUUACCUGAAUAUAUAGCUACAAGUAAUUAUAUGGUGGCGGCUCCAUAAAUAAGCUCAUCUAAUUGGUGCUGUUGAUUUAUGUCCUUGAAAAUUUUGGUUUCUGUCUAAGGAGGAAUUUGUGCAUGUGAUAUCUUCAACUGGUCAAAUGGAAUAAAGAAAAAAUGCCUCUUAAAAAGUUUGGUGAUCGGCCAUCUAGUGAUGUUGUUGUUCGACUGCGGACCAAAAAUGGUAGGGAUGACUGGUUUUACUGUCAUACACACAUUAUCACACGAGAAUGCCAGUACUUUGCAGAGCGACUGUCAGAUAAUUGGCCCACACUGCAGAUAAUCGACUCCCGGAAUUGUGUUGAUGUUUACUGCGACGAGUCUGAGGUCGACCACUAUGUCAACUUCUUACGGUUGCUGUACAAUCCAAAUACGUCAGAGAACACAUUGUAUGGUGUCAUAAGCACACUUGGGAUCCUUCAAGUGGCCAUCGUUCUAGGCAGCAAGCGCAUAGCAUGUGACUGUGUUGAAUACCUGGAAGCAGUCCCGUGGGAAGAGGCUGAAGAGGAGGAAAUCCUGAGGGUUCUCCCAAAGCUUGGUCCUCAAGCCGAACCAAUCCUUGCUCGAUUACAACCUGUUGAUUCUGCUGCUAUCCACAAGGUUUUUGUUGCAGCGUUGCAUCUAGCAACUGCCUUCUUGCCCUCAUCAAUGGAUCAGCCAAAAACCACGGUUCAAGAGCAACUUGAAUAUAUGCUCACAGAGGACGACGAUGCUCCGUUGUUAGCUGCAGAUGAACACAUAAAAGAUGAAGUGAGAAAGUGCCUCCAGAGUCUGUUUUCCAGAUUAGAGGAAGAUAUUGAAAAAUCAUCCUUGCAUCCUUUAGAAGGGGAAACAGAGACGCGGUUCAUCAAAACACUGUCUGAUCUUUCUUGGAUCUGUAGCAUCCUGCCAAGAUUGGACUUAAUGAAGCACUUUGCAGAGACUUGGUUGAAUAUCUCAAACAAAAUUGUGGAAGCUACUGGGAUCAUGAAAGGUUCAGAGCCGGGUGUGCUGGAGCUCAAGUUGAAGGUGACAGAGGUGAUGGCUAAGGUGGUGGAGGCAGUUGGAUACGGAGUAGCAGUGCUUCCAGUUGACAAGCGACUAGAUCUGGUUCACAUUUGGCUCCCUUUUGUCAGGAAAACCAAGCCGGAGUUGGAAAGAAGUGAGAAGGUCGGGUCCAGAUUCAGGAUGAGGGAAGAGCUAUGUGAGACUAUAGAAUCGGCAUUUGUCACGCUGGUGCUUGCAUUGCCAUCCCCCAGUCAGGCCAAUAUCUUGACUGAAUGGUUAAAGACAGAGGAGUCCAAGUUCCCUGACCUUAGUGAAGCAUUUGAAGUGUGGUGUUACAGAUCAAAGGCUGCUAAGAGGAAGCUGAGUUUGGGCUCCAGUUUUGCAACUACAUCUACCAGUUAAAGAGCAGGAAAGAGGAGAUCCAGUUAUAUUCAUAAAACUGUUGUUUGUUCUCUUACUGUUGUAUGACUAUUCAUAAAAUUAUUAUUUUGUUUUUUUCUGUCAAUUGUCGUACAUCAGAUCAUUCCGUUGCAAGAUAAUUAAUAGAUGAGAAACAAAAGUUGAUUCGGUUGUAA